ACUGGGUGUUCAGUCCCCAGGUUCCCUCAGUCCCCAGAAGGAGCCGGCAUGGACAAUCUCCUUUAUAGUUUUGGAAGCAGGUUUGUUGCCAUGGAGUUCACAUUUUGACUGGAGUUGAGAAGUAUAAAGACUAAAAACUAAAGCCUGCAGAGACCUCUGAAGGAAAACCUGUCCCGGGCUCUGUCACUUCACACCCAUGGCUAACCCUGGAGGUGGUGCUGUUUGCAAUGGGAAACUUCACAAUCACAAGAAACAGAGCAAUGGCUCACAAAGCAGAAACUGCACAAAGAAUGGAAUAGUGAAAGAAGGCCAGCAAAAUGGGAAGCCACAUUUUUAUGAUAAGCUCAUUGUUGAAUCCUUUGAGGAAGCACCCCUUCAUGUUAUGGUUUUCACUUACAUGGGAUAUGGAAUUGGAACCCUGUUUGGCUAUCUCAGAGACUUUUUGAGAAACUGGGGAAUAGAAAAGUGCAAUGCAGCUGUGGAACGAAAAGAACAAAAAGAUUUUGUGCCACUGUAUCAAGACUUUGAAAAUUUUUAUACACGAAACCUUUACAUGCGAAUCAGAGACAACUGGAACCGGCCCAUCUGCAGUGCCCCAGGGCCUCUGUUUGACGUGAUGGAGAGGGUGUCGGAUGACUAUAACUGGACGUUUAGGUUUACUGGAAGAGUCAUCAAAGAUGUCAUCAACAUGGGCUCCUAUAACUUCCUUGGUCUUGCAGCCAAGUACGAUGAGUCUAUGAGGACGAUAAAGGAUGUUUUAGAGGCGUAUGGCACAGGCGUGGCCAGCACCAGGCAUGAAAUGGGCACCUUAGAUAAGCACAAGGAGUUGGAGGACCUUGUGGCUAAGUUCCUGAAUGUGGAAGCAGCUAUGGUCUUUGGGAUGGGAUUCGCAACUAACUCAAUGAAUAUCCCGGCAUUAGUUGGAAAGGGAUGCCUCAUUUUAAGUGAUGAGUUAAACCACGCAUCGCUUGUGCUUGGGGCCCGACUCUCAGGUGCAACCAUAAGAAUCUUCAAACACAACAACACACAAAGCCUAGAGAAGCUCCUGAGAGAUGCUGUCAUCUAUGGCCAGCCUCGAACCCGCAGAGCUUGGAAAAAGAUUCUCAUCUUGGUGGAGGGUGUCUACAGCAUGGAAGGUUCCAUCGUGCAUCUGCCCCAGAUCAUAGCUCUAAAGAAGAAAUACAAGGCUUACCUCUACGUAGAUGAAGCUCACAGUAUUGGGGCCGUGGGCCCAACCGGCCGGGGUGUCACGGAGUUCUUUGGACUAGACCCUCAUGAAGUUGAUGUGCUCAUGGGCACAUUCACCAAAAGCUUUGGAGCUUCAGGAGGUUACAUAGCUGGAAGGAAGGACCUCGUGGAUUAUUUACGGGUUCACUCGCAUAGUGCUGUUUAUGCUUCAUCCAUGAGCCCACCGAUAGCAGAGCAAAUCAUCAGAUCACUAAAACUUAUCAUGGGACUGGAUGGGACCACUCAAGGGCUGCAGAGAGUACAGCGACUUGCGAAAAACACAAGAUAUUUCAGACAAAGACUGCAGGAAAUGGGAUUCAUUAUCUAUGGCAAUGAGAAUGCUUCUGUUGUUCCUCUGCUUCUUUAUAUGCCUGGUAAAGUAGCGGCUUUUGCAAGACAUAUGUUAGAGAAAAAAAUUGGAGUGGUGGUCGUGGGAUUUCCAGCCACUCCCCUUGCAGAAGCUCGGGCUCGGUUUUGUGUUUCAGCGGCACAUACCCGGGAGAUGUUAGACACGGUUUUGGAAGCUCUUGAUGAAAUGGGUGAUCUCCUGCAACUGAAAUAUUCCCGGCACAAGAAGUCAGCACGUCCUGAGCUCUAUGAUGAGACGAGCUUUGAACUCGAAGAUUAAGUUUCCUGGUCCUGAAUGACACAUAAAGACUUUGCGAGAAAGACCUCCCUCCUUGCCUCACAAGGAAUAUAAAUGGAUUUCUCCCCCUUCCUCAGGACAAUUUUGGUUCCCAGACCAGCUUGAUUGAACUGAGGGAGACGUUGUUGUUUUUAAUGUCUCCAGCUUGGACUGCAGAGACAAAAACAUGAUUCCAGAUUUAAGUCUCUCUUCUUCCAAGUAUUCUACUAGAAAUACACACACACGCACUUCUGAGAAUAUUUUUAAUGGCAAUGAGCCUGUGUUUUAGCUACUACUGUGCAGACUCUUUCAGGGGUUCCAACCAAAUGCAAAUGAGAGAAUUUAAAAUUUUUAUUUAGUAAGUUCACUAUGUGUUUACUUAUUCCAUCUGCAGAUGUGAGUGAGUGUGGUGGACAGUAGCCACCUUCCUCGUUCCACUCAUAAAAGCAUCAGCUAGAACUCAUCUGUAUCAUGGGAAGUUCCAGGCAGGAGGUUAAAGAAAUGUUGUUUCUACCAUUUGUCACAUUUGGACGUUUUUCACAGACAAGUGUCAAAAGACAUAGUUAAUGUUUUGAGGGGGAAAGCAGAACUGAUCAACUGCAACUAGAGACAUCUUUGAAGGAAAUUUUCCUUUUCCUCUUGCUGGUCUCCUACAGUUUUACAGCUGAGCUUCUGAGGUUUGGAAAAUUCAAGAUGUUUGUUUCAUAAGAAAGGGGGCAGAAAGCAAGCACAAGACACUUUUAGGUCUAGACUAAAACAGUAGUUACAACAAUUUGAACCUUGUUGGUGCCGUGCACAAUGAAUGCUUACCCUGCACAGCCUCUAUUAACUUAAGAAAUUUGUUGUCAUUUUCCUAUUGAAUUUUGAGUAAAUGGUGAAAUUCAGUGUCCUUUAGAAUUGACUCCCAAGACUAUAUUUGAAGAAUGCGUUGAUUCAAGAAGGACAUUUAAAAGCAAAUUCUAACUUUUUCAAGACCAACACCCUGAUUUAGGCCUAUUAAAUUGUACUAUCACUUGUCACAUGCCCUCUGAAUUGGGAGAAAGUGGGCUUGCACACUUUGAGGUAACUAACUGUAAUUUACUUGUGUUCUCUCUUUCUCCUCAAUAUGAACACAAACUUCUAUGGAAAAGUAGCCUUUUGUUAAUCUGAUCUAGUUUGUACGGAAAAAGCCCAUGGAGAACCUUAUCUUUAACAAGCUCCCAGAUGGUGCCCAGAUUUGGAAACUCUAAAGAGCAGUGGUGACCUUUUAGCAAAGUUUCUGUAACAGUUCGAAUGAGUUGCAGAACAUUCCACUCCAUCAAAUGACACUGUAAACAAAUCACUUCAAGAGAGGCUUGGCUUUGUGUGGCACAGAUGGACCCACACUUUCAUGCUGUGCACUGAGAUAGAAACUCCACCCGCAGCGCCUGCAAUGGAUGGAGCAAUGUGCCCUGAUGCUCAAAGCAUAUUAAAGGAAAAAAAGUGAUCAGCACGGAAAGUUUUUUAUGGGGAAAUUAUAACUCCAAGUGGGUGCAUUGGUUUAAAAAUGGAUCACAAUGAUAGAGUUCUUCAUGAAUGUUUACAAGUUGUAAGGAAUACCAUAGUGAAAGAGGAAAAGAAGUGGGUUCUGAAAAUGCCGUCUCCCAUUCAAUGAUUUUGAUAACAAAAUUCCAACUCUUCUCAAUGAAACUGAUGCAGCAUUAUUUGUGCAAAGAAAAUGUGUCAUAAAUAUGCAAAGAAAGGGAGACAUACUGUUCUCAUCUCUUGAAUAUGUGCAUUUAAAUGAAAUGCUUGCUAGUUAAUUGUCCAAACUGCAUAAAUGCCUUGAGUUCUAUAAAGGAAACAGGAGGUCAAAAAGAUAGCGAGAUAUCUAGUCCUUCCACAAGCUAUGGAAAGCAAUAAACAUCUUCUUUCCUUUCUGCAUCUGUCUGUGAUCUUUACACACACCGUCACAUCUACCCUUCAAGUUUUAAGCCCCUAGACGAGUGUCUUCACGAGCAGGAAUGUCCACUAUUAUUACUUUCAUGGAGGAUAUUGGGUCUAAUUCAUCGUGGGAAACUACGUACCCACCCAGCGUGGAGGGCAGGGAGGAAGUUAGUCUCUUUUCAUCAAGAUCCAAGAGUGCAGGGGCAAUUUAUUACACUCAAUGUACAAAACAAAAGGACCUGUUUCUGUCAGAGAGUCCAUGUUGAAUAUACAGGUACGAAAACAACUGUUGAUAUACAGGUAUAAUCCAAGUAGAAUGCUUCCACAGUGCAUUAGAAGGUGCCCAAGCUCCACAGGGCCAAUAAUAUUAGAGUAUAUGUCAUAUAGAAUAAGGUUAAUUAGGAGGGUGAUUGUGAAUAAUGAGAUUUUUAACUUUUUUAACAAAAAACUCUCAAAUGCUAGGCUAAUAAGUUCAUUAUUUUAAUUCAUGAUUAAAAUUAUUUGAUUAUUGAGUCUUGAUAACUAUAUCAGAGCCAAAAAUGUCUCUUUGGUUAGAUCUGUUGGAAAAGAGAAUUUUCUAUAAUGUUAUGUGCCCUAAGCCCUUCUGUUCACAUUUACACACAUGCACACACACACACAUAUGCAUUUUUCCUUCACGGAGUAAGCAAGUGUGUAGAGGUAUAGAUGAAAAUCUGGUUGGCUGAGAAAUAAAUGGAAGAUAUUCUUGAAAAUGACCUUCAGGAAAGCAGAAGAUAAAGGUUCCAGAUGAUAUUUGUAAGGAGGCUAUCUCUGUAUAAGGAAAUGGCAUAGACUUAUUCCUAAUCUCAUUAUGAAACAAUAGUGUCAUGGACGUUUAACCAUAUUGCCUUUUAGCAUGCUUUGAUUUGACAGAGACUACAGGCUUUAGAAUUUACUAGGAAGCUGGUUAAAACCCAUACCACUGGGCCCUACACCAGACCUUUACCGAAACAUAAUAGUUGUAGUGCCCAGGAAUCCACAUUUUUAACCAUCCUUCCUGGGUGAUUCUAAUCUAUGCUAAAAUUUAAGAACAUUAUUCAAACUCUAAUUUGAUAAAUCAAUUGACUCUAAUAGCAGGAACCUUGUUCUGAUUCUCUCAUUCAUAAUUAAGUGUAUAUAUACUGGUAAAAUUAAUUUAUUCCACAGUCAACCUUCUCAUUGAGACAUUUUGUUCCCAUUUUCCAAGUAACUUCUCUUUCUACAAAAAUGGAUCCAAUAUUGAAGAACAAUCUGCCAUUCAUUUGGGUAAAAUUAUUCCUUCUUCAGUUUUCCGUAUCAUUUCCUAUUAGAUGUCCAUUUGCUUUGAAUGUGGCAUCUUUCUUUUCUUUCUUUCUUUUUUUUUUUUUUUUUGAGACAGAGUUUUGUUCUUCUUGUUACCCAGGCUAUAGUGCAAUGGCAAGAUCUCGGCUCAUUGCAACCUCCUCCUCCCGGGUUCAAGCUAUUCUCCUGCCUCAGCCUCCUGAGGAGCUGGGUUUACAGGCAUGUGCCACCAAGCACAGCUAAUUUUCUAUUUUUAGUAGAGACAAGGUUUCUCCAUGUUGGUCAGGCUGGUCUUGAACUCCUGACCUCUGGUGACCCUCCCGCCUCGGCCUCCCAAAGUGCUGGGAUUAAAGGCGUGAGCCACCACACCCAGCCUGAAUGUAGUAUCUUUCUUCUGUUUUCUUUUCCUGCUCUUUAAAAAACAACCUUCAACCUCUGAUUAUUUAUUUAUUCCAACAACAGCUCUUCAGUAGGGUAACAGUCUUAACAGUUCUUUGAACAAACAAUACUCUUUUGUAUUUUUCGUCAGAGAUAGCAAAUAUUAUAAAUGGCCUACUCUGAUUUAAAAACCUAAGUUCUGAUGAUGAUGAAACAUUAACUCUUAUAUAUUUUGAUUUGUAGCAAUAAUAACAAUUGUAAUAACAGCAAUGAGAAAAGCAUCUGGUGAAUUUUUGGCAAUGUUUCCUGGUCUCAAACAGUAAGAACAACAAUUUGAAGUCUGUUCUUUAGAAUGCCCUAUUCAGCUGCAUAAUGUUUAGAAAAUUAAAAAGUGUCUGUAUUUUAAAUAUUUUUAGGUAAUUAUUGUGGGACAUUGUCUUAUGGUGUCAUGAUGUACAUGGGGUGUGCAUGUGUAUGUGUGUGUGUGUGCAUGUGUCUGUGCGUGUGUGAGAAAGAGAGAGAGAGAAAUGUAUGUUUCACUGAAACAUUUGAAAUGACCAAUUUCACUUUAUUGUGCCUGUAAAAUGUUAGUUUUAAAAUAAAUAAAAACAAUAUGAAAAUAAUUGAUGGUUUUCUGUUGAUUUAGUUUAGGUUACCCUGAAAAAAGACUGAGGUAGAGAUUUGUAUUUAGGAAUUCCACUGGGAAAAUUGGUAAGGGUGGCUGGAGCUGGCUUGCAUUGUCAUAAGAACCAAUUGUGCACAUUUCUUUCUAAUUCCUCAUUCAAUGACGUCAGAUUGGUAGCUUGAAAUUGGCCACAAUGGGAGUAUUUACACCAUGGAAAUUGGCAGACACUACAAGUCAGGGCUCUAGAGAGCUGGCUGUUAAACAUUUACUAGCACACCACUGAGACCACCUACAAUGGUACAAUACCAACGUAAGAGUAAGGGAACAGGAUUGGAAAGAGAAAGAAGUUGAACAAUGAUGUUAUCAUAGCAAAGGCCUCAGCCAAUUCCAUGGAAACUGUGCAACUGAGAUGGUCCUUUAGGGUCAAGUCAAAUUGACAAGGAUGCCAGAUGCAAGCUAUCAGUAGAGGUGUGGGGCCAGGCAUUACCUUGGGCAGGUCUAUUGAGGUGAGAAAAAUGCCUGGGAAGGGACUUAGCUGUGAUUUCUUAUUUUUUAAAUGAUUUCUAAUUGAUUCAUUUUUUAAAAGUUUUAUAUCAGAAAAUGUUAAACAUACAGUAAAAUCGAAUAGUAUAAUGAGCCCACAUGCACCUAUUACCCAGCUUCAAACAUUAGCAAUUUAUGGCCAGUCUUUUCUUCUAUUCCCCCACCCAUUUGACUCCCUCUC